GGCCGCGGGUGCGGGGAGCGCGGUCUCCCGCGCGCGACCCUCCCGGCGGGGCUGCUGCCGAGCCGCUCUUUCGGAGCCGCGCUGCCAAUAAAGUUGGUUGAGAAAAUCACAGUCCUUCUCAAAAGAGUGAAAGAGGGCGCGAGCCCGCCGGGGGCCCGCUGGGGAGCCGGGCGGCGGCGGCAGCUGUUGCGCCGCGACCAGGAGGAGCCGUCGCGCCGGGCGCGGGCGGCGGGGACGAUUUGAGAGAGAAGAUCUGGUCACCUGGCAUUAAAGCUCACCUCCAAAAAUGUUGGAGGAAGAUAUGGAAGUGGCCAUCAAGAUGGUGGUGGUAGGGAACGGCGCCGUUGGAAAAUCAAGUAUGAUUCAGCGGUAUUGCAAAGGCAUUUUUACAAAAGACUACAAGAAAACCAUUGGAGUUGAUUUUUUGGAGCGACAAAUCCAAGUUCACGACGAGGAUGUCAGGCUGAUGCUAUGGGACACGGCAGGUCAGGAGGAGUUUGACGCGAUAACGAAGGCCUACUAUCGAGGAGCCCAGGCUUGUGUCCUGGUAUUUUCUACUACAGACAGGGAGUCUUUUGAAGCGAUUUCCAGUUGGAGAGAGAAGGUGGUGGCUGAGGUUGGAGAUGUUCCGACUGUACUGGUGCAAAACAAGAUCGAUCUCCUGGAUGACUCCUGCAUAAAGAACGAGGAAGCUGAGGCUCUGGCAAAGAAGUUGAAGCUGCGAUUCUACAGGACUUCAGUGAAGGAAGAUCUCAAUGUGAACGAAGUUUUUAAAUAUUUGGCUGAAAAAUAUCUUCAAAAACUUAAACAACAAAUAGCCGAGGAUCCGGAAUCAAUGCAUUCAAGUAGUAACAAAAUUGGUGUCUUCAGCACAUCGGCUGGAAGUCACUUGGGUCGGAAUUCUAGUGCCCUUAAUGGUGGGGAUGUCAUCAACCUCAGACCCAACAGACAGAGGACCAAGAAGAACAGAAACCCUUUUAGCAGCUGUAGCAUACCCUAAAGCACCUCGGGGAGGAAGAGGUGCCCUCAUGCUGUGCGGUGAGACAUACAUGCAGCUGUCAGGGUAUGUGACGUGAUGCCCAGCAGACUUUGCACCUAAAGGCCCUCUGAGUGUUGACAGACCUAAAUAUCAUUCUGCAGUGCUUUUCAGAACAGAGCGAGAUCUUUGGUGGAAAAAUUACUGCCCUGUGGACUCCUUUUAACUUUUUUACGUUAGACGAAGCGUCUCCUGUUUUUGAAGGAAUGCUGUAAGAAAUAUCAAAAACAGGGGUUCUGCCGAAUUUUAAAUGCUGGAAAACUUAAAUGCCUAAACACAUUUGUACAGAUUUUAAUACUAUGGGUCAAGAAAAGAUAGCAAGCAUUCUUUCUCCGAAACUGGUCAUCUAGCUUUUCUGGAAAAUAGUACUGAAUCUGAAUACUUAGAAUAAUAAUAUUGGAAGGUGAACCCUCAUCUUCCAGCCUGCAGUAGUGCGGAGUUGUGCAAUAUCUGUAGAAUGUAGAGGGUGGAGGCACUCACGCAGAGACCCGGUACUCACGGACCCUGAAGGCAUGUGCAGUGUUUAAGGAGAUUGGUUUUUUUUUUUGGCCUUACCUGCAGAAGUUCUCGGGCCAGUGACAACAGCAGAUCCUUAACCCACUGAGCCACAAGGGAACUCUUAUACAGUGUUUAAGGAAACGCAGAGUCUAACUCAUUCAUUCAUAAACCCAUUUACACAUCACAUAUAUGCUCUGAGUUUUUAUUUUCAAAUUAAGAGAUUCCACAGAUAUUUUGCAAAAAGAGCUUGGAUUUAAAAAGUGCUUUGUGCCAAAAAUAUCAUACUUAAUUCUCAGUGCUCUUCCAGAAGUUAUACUGCUUAUAAUCUCUGUUAAAAGCAGGUUUCCUCUCUAACAGGGUAGAUGAAAGAGGAAAUGUCUUAAUGCUGGGACACCUCCCAGGGGGACUUGCUGCAGAAUCUGCCGUCCAUCCUCACGCGUGGCGGCCCAAGCUGGCGGGCCCUUUGGGAGAGACCAGCGCCCACAGGGCUCCCAGUCCUGCAAGGUGUGGCCUCGCCCAGUACCUUUUGCUGCUGACAAUGCAAUUUUGAACUUUGAGGAUUAUGCUAACAGUUUUUUUAAAUACACAAGAGAUGAUCUUUUGUCUUAACCCACACUAUGGAUUUUAUAACACUCUGCAACUCUAAAGCAUCUUUUUGUUUACACAUUUUGUAUGGUGUUUUAUCAUUUAAAGAUUUCUCUAAACUUCAGUUUGUAUAGCACUUUCUCAAGAACUCUGUCAGCACCAAAUACAAAAUAAUUUCUUUUUUUUUUUGUCUUUUUGUUGUUGUUGUUGUUGCUAUUUCUUG